AACGUUGAAGCAGAGAUAUCUUUUCACUUGCUGUGGCGCCUUCGAGUUGUUGCGGUUUCAUGCACUGCAGCCAUUUUUUCUCUCUUGCUGUGGACAAGGACAUACCUAUUUACAGAGCAUCUUUCGGGCCACGAAUAGCCUGACUAUAUAUCCUAAAUGAACGGAUGUCUUUAGAAAUCCUGUUAACGGAGUCGAUUAAUGAUCCUGCGUUGAUAAGACGGGGUUGGAUCCCUUUGAGCGAGAUGAAAGUUGCUGGGCGUCGCGGUUACCAGGAAAGGGAACGAUUCUAAUUUUUGGGAUCUUGGGAGCACCUACAUUACCCCCAGCUUUUAUGUGCCUUCUAUCAGCGUUUUGUACGUCGUUGAGAGAAGGUUUGCAAAGCGCUAGAAGUUUGACAGAACGAAUGGUUAGUCCUGAAACAUCAUGAUGAUAA